GCUCGCGGCGGCAGCCGGAAAACUCUCCGUCUGGUUCAUUCCCGUUCACUAUUCCUUCGUCUUCAUCCUCCCGCUGCAGAGGUUCUUACAGUGCCAGCUGAGGAACGCGGUCCACGCCGUCGUUUCGGCUGUGGUGGUGGUCGUUCAUCUGAUUGCCACGUGGCUUUUUGUGUACCGUUGCGGAUAUGGGCUGUUUGGUGCGGCGAUGAUUUUGAAUUUCUCGUGGUGGUUGGGGGUGGUGCUGCUCAUGGGAUUCGUGAUUUGCGGUGGGUGCGGGGAGACUUGGAUGGGGUUUUCUAUGCGGGCUUUUGAUGGCCUGUGGGAGUUCUUGAAGCUUUCCGCGGCUUCAGGAGUUAUGCUAUGCUUGGAGAACUGGUACUAUAGAAUACUGAUAGUGCUUGCUGGAAACAUAAAGAAUGCUGCAAUUGCAGUGGAUGCCCUCUCCAUAUGCAUCAGUAUUAAUGGGUGGGAGUUGAUGAUUCCUCUUGCAUUCUUCGCUGCAACCGGGGUGAGGGUAGCGAACGAGCUCGGAGCAAACAACAGUAGAGGAGCCAGGUUCGCAACCAUCAACGCCGUGAUCACCUCGAGCAUCAUCGGAGUUUUCUUCUCUGUAUUGGUCGUUGCACUCCAUAACAAAGUCGCUUACAUCUUCACCAUCAGCGACGUCGUCAUCCGCGCCGUCGACAAUCUUUCUCUCCUGCUGGCUCUCACCAUUCUUCUUAACAGCGUUCAACCCAUUCUUUCAGGUGUUGCAGUUGGUUCAGGGUGGCAAUCAAUUGUGGCAUAUGUUAACAUUGGAUCAUAUUAUUUGAUUGGGAUUCCUCUUGGGAUACUCAUGGGAUGGCUUCUCCAUCUUGGUGUUUUGGGAAUAUGGGCUGGCAUGAUUGGAGGAACGGCUAUUCAGACACUGAUAUUGGCCAUCAUGACCAUCAAAUGUGAUUGGGAUAAGGAG